UUGAGGCUUUUUUAUUACGAGAUCGCCGUUUGCGGUUGAUUGGUUUCCUCUUCCUCUUGAACGAAGAAGCCCUAUAAUCUCCAUCACACUUGCUCCAAAUUCAGAUUUCAGGUUUCGGGGGGGGGGAGAGAGUCGUAGUAGGCUUGUGAGCAUUUCAUGGCGGAGAUACAGACUAAUGGAAGAGCAUACGAGUCACUCUUGGAGAAGGUUCUUUCGAUGAACAUUGUCUCUUCUGACUAUUUCAAAGAGCUUUAUGGUCUCAAGACUUAUCAUGAGGUCAUUGAUGAAAUCUACAACCAAGUUAGCCAUGUGGAGCCGUGGAUGGGUGGAAACUGCCGUGGUCCUUCCACAGCUUAUUGUCUUCUGUACAAAUUCUUCACCAUGAAACUCACAGUCAAGCAGAUGCAUGGCCUGUUGAAGCACACUGAUUCUCCUUAUAUCAGAGCGGUGGGAUUCUUAUAUUUAAGAUAUGUUGCAGAUGCAAAGACGUUGUGGACAUGGUAUGAACCAUACAUUAAAGAUGAUGAGGAGUUUGCACCAGGGUCAAAUGGACGGACGACGACCAUGGGUGUUUACGUACGUGAUUUGCUGCUUGGCCUGUAUUACUUUGAUACAUUGUUUCCACGUAUUCCGGUUCCUGUGAUGCGUCAGAUAGUAUCAAACCUAGAGAAGUUGAAUUUACCAACAAAACCAUCUGGUUCAACGGGAGACAUGUCCCGUGGCUCUGAAGACACUGCCCGUCGUCCACCAUCAGUAAAAGCAUCCCUCUCUGUUUCAUUUGGGCAGCGUGCACCUCACCGGGCCUCCACCAGAGGCUCCUCUCCUGUUCGCCGUCCUCCACCUUCUGGUUAUGACAGAAACGAAAGGGAUGAACCGCAGCGUCGGUCCCCACGGAGGAGCCAGAGCCGAGACUAUUAUUCGGACAGGGACUCAGAUAGACAGCGGGAGAGAGGGAAGGACAGAGAGAGGGACAGAUACAGAGAAAGGGAGAGGGAUUAUGGUAAUGAUAGGAGAUCAAGGCGUGACUAUGAAAGCAGAAGCAGACGCAGUGAUUACGAGGAUGAUAGAAGCAGACACGACCGUAGAAGCAGGAGCAGAAGCAGGAGUAGGAGCAGGAGUGUGCAAAUUGAGCGUGAACCAACUCCUAAAAGAGACCAUGGCAACAAGGAGAAAGCAGCUGCGACUGUUAACAGCAACCUCGCAAAGCUAAAAGAUUUAUAUGGAGACGCGAGUAAUCAUAAAGGAGGGGAAGAAGGAUAUGGAACAAGGAGGGAUUCAAGUUCAGAAGAAGUGAUCAAGCUUGGUGGUUCCUCUUGGAGGUGAAAACAAAACCAAAAAGAAAAAAAAACUCUGGACUUGAAAUGCUUCUUCUAUGUUGUAGGAUGAUGCAAUGUUGUUUUACUUUUACCGUUUCAAACUUCCAGCAACCUAUUUGUUACAGAAUUCAUCUUUUUUUAUCUUGAAUUGCUUCGACUUUGUACUGUGUCUUGAUU